UACAAGUGUGUGCGACACCGCGACGACCGCCCUCGCGGGGACGGGCGGGCGGGCGAGUGAGCUGGGGGCGUUUAUAGCGGUGCCCGCGCGGGGGCUCGCGACGACGACGGUGAUGAGGGGGUUCGGUUUAGUGGGAGAUGGUAGUGGUGGUGGUGGUGGGCAGGGGGGCGGGAGGAUGAUGACGGCGCAGGCCGCGGCGGAGGCGGCGGUGGGCGCGGUGGGAUGCGGGUACGACCUCACGAGCGACCUCCGCCUCAGCCGCGUCAAGCCGGGCGGGAGGCUGGUUGACAUCGACGGGACCAGCGGGGCGCACCGGGAGCUGGUCCUUCCCGGGGGAGCCGUCGUGCCGAGCGUGCCGGUGGGGAUCGUCGCCGAUAAGGGGGAGCGCACCCGGUUCCGCUCCGACGUCCUCUCCUUCGCGCAGAUGGCGGAGCAGGUGAACCAGACGAUGUCGGUGGCGGGGAAGAUCCCGUCGGGCGCGUUCAACGCCCUGUUCGACUACCGCGGGUGCUGGCACAAGGACGCGGCGGCCACACGGAGCCUCUGCUUCGACGGCCGCUUCGUCGAGCUCUACGCUGUCGAGGCCCCCCGCUCCCACCUCCCCCUGCUCGACCGCGUCAAGCUCGACGUCCCGCCGUUCUGGGAUCCCGCCGCUCUAGCCGAGUUCAUCGACAAAUACGGCACGCACGUCGUCGCCGGGGUGAAGAUGGGAGGGAAGGAUGUGGUCUGCAUCAAGCAACUCAAGGGCUCCAAUCUGACACAGAGCGAUGUGCAGACUCGGCUCAAGAAGCUCUCUGAUGACAAGCUCUCUCAAGAUUCCCCUGAAAGCUACAACAAUGCAAGAGAUGACAAGUUCUUGCAGGGGAUAAACGGGAAUUUAUUCGGUCCUGGAUCAGCUGCCUGGCGCUUAUUCAGACCAUCAGUCAUAUCUAUGAAAGAUGACAUCGUCAGUAUCCACAUCAGAAGAGGGGGCAUUGAUAAUGGCCAGGGACACGGCAAAUGGAUUUCGACGAUCAAUAGUUCUCCGGACGUCAUCUCCAUGGCCUUUGUGCCGUUAACUUCUCUUCUGACUGGUGUUCGAGGCUGCGGGUUCCUCAACCAUGCAGUGAAUCUCUACCUCAGAUACAAACCGCCCAUAGAGGAACUCCAGCAGUUCUUGGAAUUCCAGGUGCCACGGCAGUGGGCUCCAGAGUUUGGGGAGCUCCCCUUGGCUUUGGGCCCGAGGAAGAAGAAGAACAGCCUGCCAUCUCUUCAGUUCACUCUUAUGGGUCCUAAGCUUCAGGUUACCACUGCCAAGGCUGAUUCUGGGAAUCGUCCGGUGACUGGAAUUCGGCUGUUCCUGGAAGGCAAGAAGAAUAACCGGCUUGGCGUGCACCUGCAGCAUCUAUCGGCGACGCCGGGCACGAUCACGAUCACCGGCGAGGCGGUGUCGGCGGAGGACGCCGCCGUGAGGGAGCGCGACUACAUCGAGCCCAUCAAGUCGCCGCUGCUGUCGCACGUGUGCACGGCGCCGGUGCAGUACAACGGCGCGCGGAUCGACGACUGCGCGGCCAUCGUCACGAGGGCCUGGCUGGAGGUGCAGGAGACCUGCCUCAAGAAGGUGCUCUUCCUGCGGCUGGGCUUCUCCGGCGUGGCGUCCACCAAGAUCCGGCGGUCGGAGUGGGACGGCCCGUUCGUCGUGUCACGCAAGUCGGGCUCGCUGUCGGCGCUGAUCAGCGCGCGCCUGUCCGUCGGCAGCUCCGCGCAGACGCAACAGCCGCCGGCGGCGGGGGAGAAGGUGGAGGUGAACUCGGCCAUCUUCCCCAAGGGCCCGCCGGUGCCUCUCCCGGUGCAGAGGAUGGCGAGGUACGUGGACACGACGGAGGUGAUGAGGGGCCCCGCCGACUUGCCGGGGUACUGGGUGGUCACCGGCGCGAAGCUCUGCAUCGAAGGUGGCAAAGUUGCACUCAAGGUCAAGUACUCGUUGCUCAUCGCGGAGGCGCGAGACGAUCCUGACGUUUGAGAAAUGCACGGCAUGUGCAUCUUUUUGGCUUGUUUGUGAUGUUGUGUACAGUACAGUACAGAUUCACCGUAUACUGUACAGAUUGCGCACACGCAAAGUAGUCAGCUAUACCAUUUGUACAGCGUAUAAACUACAGGGUAGAGCAGUAUACAGCAGGCGAUUGUUUUUGGUUUGCACUUAGAUUCUUGCAACUAGGAACUUGUGGAGAUUAGCUAUCUAGAGGCUUGGAUAUGUAGCUCAACAAGGAAUUCUACAUCCGUAUAUGUGGUUGAU